GGCGCGCGCCGCUCUGGCGGGAGCGGCGCCCACGGGCCCGCCGCUGGCUGCAGGGGCGAGCCCGGCUCCGGGGCUCGCGGUCCCUGGCCUUGGCACGAGCUCCGCCUCCCGCCCGUGUCCCCGCCCGGGGCGCCAGGGCGUUCCCCGCAUGGCGGAGCCGGGGCCCGCGCCGGCCGCGUCUGACAGACUCGUGCUGAAGAACGGGUCCGGGCACCACUACGUGAAGCUGCGUCUGGAGUUUCAGGACGGUGGGAUGAGACUGAACGCUGCUCACUUCAAGCAACUGAUCCUGUCCGCCCUGAAGGAGUUACACGGCGAGGUUGGUGCAGCCUUGCCUGUUGAUGUCUUAACAUAUGAGGAAAAAACCCUGUCUGCAAUACUAAGAGUUCCCAGCAGUGGCCUUGUCAAGCUGUGGAGUGCUCUAACACUGCUGGGCUCCUACCAGAACAGGAAGUGUGCUUUCAGAGUGAUACAGACCUCUCCAUUUCUCCUUGCGUUAUCUGGGAACAGCAGAGAACUCCUACUGGAUUGAAUACACCGGAGACGUGGUUGGGCUGUAAG